AUGGCGCCAGGGUCGAUAGAUUUCGCCGAGGCAAGUAGGAACUUCCGCCUCACUCCUGAAGAGGUUCCUCGUGAGGAGGAGAGCCUCUUGCACACGAGUGCUCUAGACCGCCUACGAUGGAACCUACUCGCCCCACCAUCUACCGUUCUAAUCAUCGACUCCAAUGAAGAGGGCGAGCCGAGCUGGCGGCCAAUGCUGGUGGAUCCAAAGCACCCUCUAUCUGAUGAAGCUGUUACCGAAGUACCGCGUUCACGAAUGUACGAUGACAAUCCACCCCCACCGCCUCUGCUCAUCGAGAAUUCCGAUGGGAAAGCCAUCACUAUCGAGCAAUUCAUCGUAAAGGUCUCUGAAUACGCUCAAAGCUUGCGGGAGACGAUUUUCGAAUGCGAGGGUCGCGCUCUGUCGGGGUCCGAGGGCGCGUGUCUUUGGUUCGAUGCGGCAUUUGGACCGAAACGGAAGGAUGCCGAAGAUCCAGAUAUCUUGUUCCUCGUCGGAUUCACGUCCAAUUUCUGGUUCUCGAGCAGCCAAAUUGAAGCGGACCAUGUUCAGAAGGAGAAGAAUUUUAUCGAAUCGCUUAAAGUAGAGCAGAAUUAA